AUGUAUCACGAGGCUGCCGGCGCUGCGAACUCGGGCGCGCCGGACCGCCUGCCCCUGGGUCGGGAGGUGUUCGUGGGUCGCACUCACGAGGAGGCUUUCGCCAGCGCGGCGCCCUACCUGGGCGGCAAGUACGAGGCCUACGCCCAGUGGGGCCAGGACAAGGCGCUGCCCGGCGAUGAAAACUUCCGCGAACCCUUCGAGGAUUUGGCCCGCGACCGCUUCGUCAUCGGCAACCCCGACGAGGUGGUGGAGGAGCUAACCCGCUACCGCGAGCUGGGGAUGUCCCACGGCUGCUUCCGCAUGAUGUGGCCCGGGAUGCCUUUGCAGGAUGGGGUCGCCAACCUGGAGCUGUUCGCAGAGCGGGUGGCGCCGCAUCUGAGGGAGGAUUAG